AAAUCUUAUAAAAAUUAAAAAUAUAGGUCUAAAUACACUCCGUAGGCUUUCAAAAGACUAUAAAACUCAACUACAGACAAUUAUUUUAUCUAAUAACUAUUCGCUAUAUAAUCCUCCUAUUGACAAAAGCCCGCCUUAAUCUCUUACAGAGGCCAUUGAAGGCCUUCUUGGCGAAAAAAAAAUAUCUCUGCAUUCAGCAAUAUGGCCGCUAAAGUGGACAACAAAUUAAAAAUUUCUUUAAACCCACAUCCAUCGGUGAUUGCUAAAAAUCAGUUAGAAGAUGUGCUCUUAAAAAAGGAACAAUUUAGUAUUGAAAAGGAUAGGAGAAGCUUUUUAUUCGACUUGCAAAAGAAGAAAUUUAAAGUUCAGCAGUUCGAAUUCAAUUGCAAUAAAGUUUACGAAGGUAAAAAUGUUGAAAGUAUCGGACAUCCUUCUUAUGCAAAGCCAAAAAAUGGUGAAAGAAAACCAUUGCAUUAUCCGUCUAGAAGACCAUUUAGCGCUGGUGAUUUAACGGGCUUGAACAGAUCUCUCUACGUCUCUCCUACAGUAAGAUCUGCUAGGAAACUAUUAGAGAAAAGACUUGCUCAGAAAGAUAAGGAUAGAGAGACUAUUAGGAAAAUUGUUGCCGGUAAUACUUCGGCUUCCGCUCUUUUGAACUAUGAUGCUUCGCAACCGUGGUUACUUCUAAGACCCGUAUCUGCUAGCCCCUCUGUCUUUGUUACCCAACCACCUAUAGAGACAAAAUUUGAAAUUAGAGCAAAAUCCGCCAACGUUUCCAAAACUAGACCUUCUAGAAAAGGGUCAGACGAUUCGAACGUUUCUUCAAGACCUAGAACGGCGGCUAGUAAGCCCCUAAAGAUGGUAAGAAGUUGGGAGGGCACUAAAGAGCUCAGGGAAAGGGUGCAAGAAAUGAAAUCGGAAAUGCAUGACAUAAUCCUCAAUUUAACGGUCACGUCAAACGCCUUAGAGGAAGAGGAUAGAAGGGAAAGAGAUGACAGAUUAACAAUGGAAGCUAAACUCUCAGCUGCUGGCGGUGAUAUGGAAAGGGUCAGAAAGAGGUCGGUUUGCUAUAACAAUGGUUUAGCUACAGGUAAUAGAGCUCUACAAAAACGGCCUGGAAUGAAAUUAAAAACUGCAUUGGAUAAAAAAUCAGCGUCAAGAACAACAGUUGAGCGUCAAAUGUAUUUAGCUGCAAAAGCUGAAUAUCUAGAAACAGAGAGAAGAAACUCUGUAUAUAGAGACGAAUAAUUUAAAAUAUUUAAAGAAUAUUAACUGUCUGUACAGUAUAUAUAUAUAAGAUAAAUAGAUUAAAAUAAUAAACGUCCCCUGUUUUUUAUACAUUUCAUUGUUUCCUUUGAAGGUCAACGAACUGCUAUUUUUUUUUUACUAUUUGUUUUAAAGAGAAACGAGUUUUGUUAUAAUAAAUAUUACAUUCUUAUUAUAAACAUUACUUC